AUGGACGUUCUCCUCAAGAUAGUAUCUUCUUGGGAGGGCUAUGGCGGUUCGGGGCUUAUACUGGAGAUUCGAAUGCACACACCAACGACUCCAUGGCACGCCGCUCGAGUUGAAGCCGUCACGGGUGAAGAAGCAACAUUUAUGCUCAAAAACAAUACGCAACCUCCCAAAGACCCCCGUUGUCAAGGGUCUAAUUCUACGUGGGGUUUCCCGAAAAAGUAUUGCAGUGAAAAGUCUCACCACGCUGUUUCCUUUGGAAUCAUUCAAUAUUAUGCGUUGCCAGCUUUCCCUGCCAGUCUUCAGCACUUUGUCUUCCAUAUACGUACGGACUAUGGUCGAUAUAAUUCCGACCGUUCCAGCCGUUCCCACUUUGUACCCGGUCUUUUAUUGGUGCUCUUGGCCAAUGUUUGCCAUAAAUUUACCCAGUUUUGCCUCCCAGAUGAUAGGUUUAGCAGCCGGCUUUCUUUUUGGGAUGAAUUGACGAGAGUUGAUGGGCGCGAAUCCAAGCUUCAGAGCCUAGCUUUCAGGACAAGGUACCUUGGUCACAGAUCGAACCAAGAAGCAGUGACAGAGUUUCUAUGCUUCAUCAGUGUCGUAUCAAAACACUUACAUGCAUUGCCGACUCUGGAACUAUGGGAUGCCAGCGAUGGAUUUGGCUGUUUGUUCCGGUGCACCCUAGAUGACUUCAGAGUUACUAUCACAUGGCGAUGUACUGACGACCGAUUCACUUUGCAGGAGAGAGUGGUACAGCACUGGGCUCACCUGGCCUCAAACCGUCAACUCGAGGUUAGGGAGGUUCCACUUACGAUAAGCAUAGAGUUUAACCCAAUGGUUAAGCUCUCGACUAUGCUGCUGGGCCUACACCUUGGGUAA